UGCGGCUGGGGUGAUAAGGCCCACGAGGUGGCCAUUGACAGGGGCGGCCGGGAAAUCACUGGUGAUUUCCUGACCAAUAUUUCUCCCGUUUGGUGGAGUUGGAAGCCGCAUUAAAGUAAAAGUCGUGAGUGGGAGGUGAGGACUCAGCCACAGGGCAGCGCAAACAGCUCUUGUUGAAAGUGGCCUUGAAGGGGAAGCCAAAGAUAGGACUGUCCUGGAGGUGGAGUCAAAGAAGUUUCCUUUCUUUUUUAAAGCAAGAAACUAGAAUGUGUUUAGUGCUUAAAGGAAGGAACCAGCCAAAGGAGAGUGAAGAAAAAGUAGAAUGCAUAAUUAUCCCCUCUCCAGGGGACAUUCUGGAGCAAAGUUCCUGAGGAGGUGGAAGGGCGAGCCACCUGAGCUGAGGAGUUACCUUUACAGGCGAGGAGGUAUGGCUCUGCCCCGGCCGGAGGGAGGAGAAGGGGACUGUGGACUAGAAGGUUCCAUGGAGGGAACGGGAGCGAGGUGACGUCUGCAGGCUCGGUUUUUCUCUGAAGUCCCAGCGGGGAGGGGUGGUCCUGCCCGAGGUUUAAAGGUGCCUAAAGCACGGCCCGCUCCGUACUAGGCCCUUGAAAGACAUUGCCGUGAUCUCUCAUCUUCACUGCUGUUCAGCGAGCAAUCUGAAGACCUGCCGCACGUAAAGGAAAGACCUAGGCCGCGCGCCCUGGGCGUCAUGGUCCACCUGCAGGCCUCUGAAGUGCAGCAGCUGCUCCACAACAAGUUCGUGGUCAUCCUGGGAGACUCGGUCCAGAGGGCCGUGUACAAGGACCUGGUGCUCCUGCUGCAGAAGGACUGCCUCCUCACUACCAACCAGCUCAAGGCCAAGGGGGAGGAGACCUUCGAAAAGGACGAGCUGGUGGACGGAGGCCAGAUGGGCCCCAUGCACAAUGGCAUCCAGUACCGGGAGGUCCGCCAGUUCUGCGACGACCACCACCUGGUGCGCUUCUACUUCCUCACGCGCGUGUACUCCCCCUACCUGGAGGCCAUCCUGCAAGAGCUGCAGUCCAGCGAGCACGGCCUCCCGGAUGUGAUCAUCAUGAACUCCUGCCUCUGGGACCUCUCCAGGUACGGCCCGGGCUCCUGGUGGAGCUACCUGAAGAACCUGGAGAGCGUGUUCGGGCUCCUGGGCCAGGUGCUGCCCGAGUCGUGCCUCCUGGUGUGGAACACAGCCAUGCCCGUGGGCAAGCAGAUCACCGCGGGCUUCCUGCAGCACAAGCAGCAGCCCGGGGAUGACUCCCUGAGAGCCCGAGUCAUCGAAGCCAACUUCUACAGCUCUACCGAGGCGAAGAAACACGGCUUCGACGUGCUGGACUUGCACUUCCACUUCCGCCACGCGGAGCAGCACCUGCAGCGCGACGGCGUGCACUGGGACGAGCGCGCGCACCGCCACCUCUCGCAGCUGCUGCUGGCGCACGUGGCGGACGCCUGGGGCGUGGAGCUGCCGCGGCGCGCCCGCGUGGCCACGUGGAUCAGGGAAGGACCCGGCGCGGCAGGUGAGAGGCCGCGGCAGCCCAACAGAGACCCGCGGGCCUGGCCGCCUCCCAGGGGCAGCCCCCUCCUCCCGAGUCCCCCUCUGCCCCCGCCCCCGCCUCCCCGCCUGCCCUUGCCCCCACAUCCUCGUCCCUUUCCUUUUCAGCAGGUGAUGCCGCGGGUCCUGUUCUGUCCCCAAGAUACGUAUUUUUCCUCAGACCAGCCUUCCCAGUCGGAUCAGUUCUCCUCCAACUAUUUCUAUUCAGAUGUCCCCUCCCCUACCCAGACAGGAUUUGCCUCCGAAGAUGACUUUAUGAUUGACCCUCAGCCAUCCGUGCUCCCUUUCGCCAUGCCCCAUCUGCGGCGAGCCCCGGUGGUCCAUAGGGGUUUCCCCCGGCACUCACCUCGCGGCCCCUACGGGCCCUGGGGCCGGCGGCCGAGAUCUCCCAGGAGACCGGCCCAUUCCCGCCCACAGCCAAGGCCUCAAUAGACCCUCCUCCUGUUCAUGGACUGGACAGAUCCUCUGACUCUCCCGAAACCGACUGACCUUGUUAACUUAAGCCUUUGAUCCGUGCUUGGACUUCUUUUCGGUCACUGCUGUCACCGAUAAUGGCAGGGAAGGGCAAUCCCCUCCAUUUUUGUCGGCUCUGGCCUCUUCCUCUAUUCUCUGGGGGUGACCAAGCAUUUUUCCCGCCUCCCCACCCCCUAUCCUGUCUGUCUUUUUUGUAAACAGAAAAUGGAAAUAAAGAAGUUGUUUCAGGAAAGUAGUUGUGGGGUUUGGGUGUGUCUAUAUUUAAUGGUGCCUCUCCCUUCCAUGAAGAAGACAAAGCAAGGACAGUAUCUGCUGACCGUUUAUGGCAUCUACUUGAUAAACCACUCGAAGUGGAAUUUGGCUAACAUCGUUCUGAAGUUCUCCAUAAGAUGGACCUGAGUCCUUACCAAUAAACAGAAGAGCUUUAACUUUUUGUGAUCCUAUUUUCCAGAGAUUCUCAAAGAGUCAUCGAAUUUUAAAACUGGGAAAGCUAAAUAAAUAAUAUUUAACUGACACAAACAAGGCAACAAGCUAAGAGAGGUGAGUGACUUGUCCUAGGUCACACACAAAAAUCCCUCUUCCACUAGUCUUUCCUAGUUUUCCUAGUUUCUGACUAACAUGAACUUUCAAACCAGGGGGACUGCUUGCUACCACAGCAAUGUCACACCAAGAAGGAGCGUUUACCAAACAUGGUCUCUCUAUGAAAAUGAUGGUGCAAACAGCUAUAGCUCCGUAACUCCAGAAGCUCACUGGUUAGAUGCACAAUGUAUGUAAAGUAGAGUGCACGGCAUGCUCGUGAUUUUGUGAUUUCUUGGAAUAGUCUUGAGUUUUGGACUUGAGAAAAUUAGAAAAAAGUAAGGUGCACUCAGUGAUGGUGUCUAUCACCAUUACAAAUGAAACUACUGGUCAGAAGGGACCACCCAGGGCACAGCUCUGACAGACGGCCAUGACCAUCUCUUUGCUGUUUUAUGGAAAUGUGAACAUCAGGAAGACUUUAUAUGCUAGGGUCUUUAUCACCCUAGACUCGUGAAAUGUUAAUACUUGUAUAAAAUCGUCGAAACAGGACCUGACUAAUGUCUGAAUGGUAGAUUAUUUCAUUGGAUUGAUUUAACUGGUUUGUAAGUCCUCAACUGGACCAUUCCUGAAGUUGACAGUAAGUGUCAGGAAAUGUUAUCCUGUAAAAAAAUGAAAGUCAUGAAAUCACAAAAAAAUAGAUGAGAUCAGCUCUCUAUAGGAGAAAUACACAGCAGCUUUUAAUCUACUAAAAAACCAUAAAAUUUGUGAAGAAUAAGACCGUCUUACUUAACUUUGUGUCUCAUAUCCUACUGCAAUGUAUAGCAUUUAGUACUGAAUAAUGUUUCUUGAAUGAAUCUGAGUGAAUGAAGAGUUCUUGGUGACACUGUGACCCAAGAAUCUGAGGAGAUACUAUAUAUACAUGGACAUUGAGUCAUUGUAGCAUAUCUAAAGGAAUAUUGCUGAAACAGCUGGAUGACAACCAUCAAGGACUCAAGAAAGGUGGUACCUGCAAGGCAGAAUUUGCCAGAACGUCCCAGCAAAAUCAGGAGAGGGAGCACCUGUCUAACUAACGUCAGUGUUCUAAUCCCAGGUAGGAGGUGAAUGCACCAGGCUGUGAGAUUUGGUAACAUCAGCCCUCAAGAUAAACCCGUUGCCUCAUUCUGACUUUACGCUUCCCAAGCAAGACAAAGCAGUGCUUAGGGGCUGAUCUGAGUAAGCAGACUCUAGUAUUUAUAUUUUCAUGAAUAAACCAAUAA